UCUCAGGCACCGAGAAAAUAGCCAACCGCCUCCUGUGCUGUUGUGUAACGCCUGUAUCAGAGCAACAAGAACAUCCCGGAGCCUGCAGACACACGAUGGGGACCAGACCGGGAACACUUAUUUCUACCUUUAUAUUUGUGUCAUGGGUGAUCUUACUCUCAGGGACAGAGCAACACCAAAGCUCAAGGGAGGCUCUUCCAUUCAAUUUUGAAGAGGCUGAUUUAAACACAUGGAUGGAAAAGGGAGAUACCAACGUUAUCCUGCAUGCCGACUCUCCAGAUGACGAUGUAAAAAUCAAACCUGAAACAGACGCUUCUGACCUUCCAACAUGUCUGCUGUGUGUGUGCCUGACGGGAUCGGUGUACUGUGAGGAAGUCGACCCUGAUAUGACAUCAGUGCCAGCUCUUCCUAAAGAGACAGCCUAUCUAUAUGCUCGUUACAACAAGAUAAAAAAGAUUACAUCAAAAGACUUUGGAAAUAUCGUUACACUGAAAAGAAUAGAUUUGACUGGAAACUUAAUUUCGGAGAUUGAAGAUGGGGCCUUCAUGAAGCUGACGUUGUUGGAGGAACUCUCCCUCGCUGAGAACCGGCUUGUGAAGCUGCCAAUGUUACCACACAAGCUUCUGUCCUUUAACGCCAAUCACAACCGUCUCAGGACCAAAGGAGUAAAAGCCAAUGCUUUCAAGAAAUUAAGCAAACUCCAAAAGUUAUUUCUUGCCCACAACGAGUUGGAGGCGGUUCCAAUAAUUCCAGAGAGCGUGCGCACGUUUCAUAUUCAGAACAACAACAUUUCAGCUAUUACUACCGACACCUUCUGCAAAAGCAAUAACACCUACUACAUCCGGCCCAACAUUAAUGAGAUCAGGAUGGAUGGAAACCCGGUGAUCCUUGCACAGUACCCCAACAGCUUCGUCUGUCUGCAGUCCUUGCCAGUUGGACGGUACCACUGAAAACCCAUUUAAAAACCCAUAAAUGUCUGAAAGUGCCUCAAAUGAAAACAACUAUGGACUGAAAGGUGUUUCAUGUCCAGUUUGCCACCUUGCAAAAAGCAGGGUAUGUGAAUUGUUGAUUACUAUGUUAUGUAAGUACUGAAAUUCCUUCUUGAGCUCUGUGGCUUAAAUGUAAUUGUUAAAUGUAAUAUAUAUAUAUAAAAAAUUCUGUUGAAAGCUGCAGAGUAAAUUUAUGGUUUUCAUAAAAACAGACACUUGCAGCAUUUCAAAACUGUGUGAACUGCUUUCAUUUCUACUGGUUAAGAAGUCUGCCAAGUUAAUUAGUUUAAGCAUUCAUUCCAUGCGUACAUGCGUCUACAAAGAUGUAGCCACUAUCUUGAUAGAACUGAACUAUUUAUGUGAUUGCUACCUAUGUGAGCAUCAUCAAGUAGGCUGUACAGUUAUACAUGAUAUUAAAAUACUAUGCUAUACAUGUUUUCCAUAAUUAUUUUAAUAAAUCUCUCUUUUUUUUUUU